GAACGAGGCUCACGUACCCGAACAUCUCCAUGGACAGAUAAGGACCCAUUGCAUUGCCCAAGAACAUACCAACGGAAGAUGCAUUCACGUUCAUGGAUAUCUAAAGACGUGACCACAGAAUAAAUAUUGAUCAGAAUGAAAAAGGGCCAGCCUCUGUCGAACGACAUAAGCAUUCCAGAGUCUUUAAAUCUUUUUGCGAAAAAAAUUGGACAAAAAGCUCGUAUUCAUGGAGACAAAAGUAAAGUAACGACGAAAGAGAUGUUGACAAUACUGAAUCCAACUCUUAUUCAAUUCGGUUGUCUACCUUUAACUACAUUCUCAGAAAGAUGUGAUGGAGUGAACGAUGAGAUUAAGAAAGUCUCCAAAAAUUACGAUGAUAAUGAUAAAAAAGUUAACGAUUGUCUUAAAAGAGUCUGUAAUAACUUGGAUAGUAUCUAUUCAAAUGGCAUUGAAGAAAAGACGAUAGAAGAUGAAAGUGAAACGUUAUGCUCCACAAGUUUAACGGAUGAAUUGGAACUAUCUUUCGAUGGUAAAUGGUUGAGAAAAUAUUUUAAAUUGCCAUUGAAGAUGGCAAUCAAGGAAAUUGUAACAAAGAAACCUUGCGAUCCUGUCAAUUAUCUUGGUUUUUGGUUACUGAAUUAUAGAAGAUGUCGAGAGCGUAGGCAGUGGCAAUUACAGAAAGAUAACGAGUUAAAUUAUCUUCGGUGUAUGAUCAAAGAACCAGUAUCUAAAGAAGAGGAAUUUUCAAUGAGAGGAGAGGAAGAAGAAGAAGGAGAAAAAGAAGGAGAACAGGGAAUGCGCGACUGGAAUUUUAAACAUUACAAGACUAUGCAUACAUAGAAAUAAAAGGCUGAGAUAAAUAGCGGCGGUGGGAAUGGUGAAGAGAAAGGAAGGAGAGG